UGAGACGGUGCCGCAGAGGCCGGCAGGCGCGGCCAUGACCACCGCCAUCCUGGAGCGCCUGAGCACCCUGUCGGUGAGCGGGCAGCAGCUGCGCCGCCUGCCCAAGAUCCUGGAGGACGGGCUGCCCAAGAUGCCCUGCACCGUCCCGGAGAGCGACGUGCCGCAGCUCUUCCGCGAGCCCUACAUCCACACGGGCUACCGGCCCACGGGGCACGAGUGGCGCUACUACUUCUUCAGCCUCUUUCAGAAGCACAACGAGGUGGUCAACGUGUGGACGCACCUGCUGGCCGCCCUGGCCGUGCUCUUGCGCUUCUGGGCCUUCGCGGAGACCGAGGCCCUGCCGUGGGCGUCCCCGCGCUCCCUGCCGCUGCUGCUGUUCAUCCUGUCCUCCAUCGCCUACCUCACCUGCAGCCUGCUGGCCCACCUGCUGCAGUCCAAGUCCGAGCUCUCCCACUACACCUUCUACUUCGCGGACUACGUCGGCGUGAGCGUGUACCAGUACGGCAGUGCCUUGGCCCACUUCUUCUACAGCUCCGACCAGGCCUGGUACGAGCGCUUCUGGCUUUUCUUCUUGCCGGCGGCCGCCUUCUGUGGCUGGUUGUCUUGUGCCGGCUGUUGCUAUGCCAAGUACCGUUACCGGAGGCCUUACCCAGUCAUGAGGAAGAUCUGCCAGGUGGUGCCCGCAGGGCUGGCUUUCGUGCUAGACAUCAGCCCUGUGGCGCACCGCGUGGCUCUCUGCCACCUGGCUGGCUGCCAGGAGCAGGCAGCCUGGUACCACACCCUCCAGAUCCUCUUCUUCCUGGUCAGCGCCUACUUCUUCUCCUGCCCGGUGCCUGAGAAGUACUUCCCGGGUUCCUGCGACAUCGUGGGCCAUGGACAUCAGAUCUUCCACGCCUUUCUGUCCAUCUGCACACUCUCCCAGCUGGAGGCCAUCCUCCUGGACUACCAGGCCCGGCGGGAGAUCUUCCUGCAGCGCCACGGGCCCCUGUCCGUCUACACCGCCUGCCUCUCCUUCUUCUUCUUGGCAGCCUGCAGCGCUGCCACUGCGGCACUCCUGAGGCACAAGGUCAAGGCCAGACUGACCAAGAAGGAUUCCUGAAGCUGGCCGGUGGGGCAAGCUGUGCAGGCAGCCUGUAGUGAUUUGCAGAAAACUUGAUACAAUAGAAGUUGACUUUUUACUUUUAAGGGUUGGCUGUUAAGUUAAUAUGUAUUUCCAAGAUAUGCUAUCCUGCAGUAUUUGAGAGCCAGAGGAUUCAGGAGUUUUUGUUGUUAUCAGUAAAAGUUUUCCUCUCCCUUUUGGAUCAUAGUCUUACACAGCACAGGAAGGGAAGAGAUCUUGGUUGAGAUUCAAGGAACACUGAAUUAAGGAGAACCAUCUUUAUGCCUGAAAAUUUAGCAGACUUCUGACUCUGGCCUCCAGGGGCAAGUCCUAGAGCCAAAUGGAUAAUUAAAUUGGACUGGCAAAUAAAUAGGUGGCUGGUCCUCACCCUAUUGGAAUGGCCAUCCUACCAUGCUAGUUUUGGGGAAUUGCAUUGAAUAAACUAAUCUGAGGACCCGUUUCAUUUGGAUUUCAGAUUGUCUAGAGCAGAAAAUUCAGAAUCUUCAAGAUGAAUCGGUGAAACUCUUAGGCAUAAUGAAUCACUCAGCUCAUCUGAUUCUCUUCCCUCCUCUCUCAUCCACUAUAACACUGACCUUUUUCUCAGAUGACUGUGUGCCUGGCUGUUUCCCUCUGAAGUGCUGUUCAUGCCCAUCCCAACCUUGCACGAUAAUAUAAAGGACUGGGAAGCAGUUUAGGAAGUGCUUGGAUUCGUGUGGACAUUCAGGAAGCUUAUUAUUAUAUAUUAAUGUCAAUGGUACUAGAAGGUACAGUGCCAAGAGCCACCUGGAGGCCCAGCCAACAAGGAUGGAUGCCGUCUGAUGUCAGGGGACCCUUUUAUUUUAUAUUUGUGGACUGCAGGCUAUUUGAGAGCUAUAAGGGCUAGGAGAUCAGGAGAUUGCCCCAGGGAAUCAUUUCCAGAUUUUACUAGCGUGUUACAAAGCCCUUAGUAGAGUGAACUGGUUCUCAAGGUCCCUCUAGAGAUCUAAUCAAGAGGAACCCAAGAUCCAGCCUCCUAUACAGAUGCUGCCUGAUGAAGGACCCGCAUAACUCCCCCCGUUCAGGGUCCACAGGGAGACGCUUCUACUUCAGCUUAGAGGAGAACGCUUCAAAAUAAUCAAGUCCAAGACAAGCAAGCCUGUGUGCUCACAGUGGACUAGUCCUCGACGUCUCCUUUGGGUGACAAGGUGUGACCCAGCCCAGCAGUUUCUGUGGCGUGGGUGGUACUUGCAGUUGGUGUUUUCUGGCCACGCAGCCCUCUGAGGAUUGACUUCUGCACUAAUCCGGUGAAGGAGGCUGUGUCAGAGGAAGGGCUGCGAAGCCCUCUCCUAAGAGACUACAGUUCUUAUCAGUAUAAGAAGUUCCCUUAUUCAUUAAAAGGGGAAGUGGUUUGUUUUAACUCUAAUUAUGUAAACCUCUUGUAUUAUUAGCUUACUUUGUUGUCUUCAGAUCUUUGUCUUUUUCCUUUUUCUGAGAAUUUUUUGGCUUUUGUGCCUUAUAAAUGGAAAUGUAUGACUAGUUAAUGUAUGCCCAUGUAGAAUUUUCUGUUUUGAGUUAUUGGAGAAGAAAAAAGAAUUCAUUGCUUUUCAACCAGUGAACGAAAGAAAACAGAAAGCUAGAGUUGUGUAUCAAUCAAAAAACAGACAAAAAAAAAAAAAAAAGAUGUUCAACUGAAGCUUUCCUAUAUCAAAAAAGCAGGUGUCCUGUCAGCUAUAUUGUUUUCCUAGAUGGAGUUCUCUUGUGUAUCCUCAAAUAAUCUGAACUUCCGUGCUACCCAGGUGUCUUAACACAAGCUUCUUAUGUCUAGGCCAAAUUCACAGCAAAUAAAAGUUAGCAAAACUGAACAGAGUUGAACUGAACAAGAGGAUAAGGGAAGUGUGCAAAUACUUUGCAAACGUAGAGUCAUUUUAAAACAGGAACUAGAAAGUGAAAUUUUUGUUAUGAAUUCAAAGACUAUUUUUAGAAGUUGGAAGGAGAAGUGAGGGAAGAGGGCACAAGAAAGCAGGUUGUCAAUGAAGAUCUUGAAUAUAACUGUGAUGAUUCUCGUGGACAGAGACUCUAGGUCAGAUGCAGGUCAUUUUUAAAAAGAGAGAACAGGAGGUGGAGGAGUGAUCCUCAGAUGCAUGCACAGACCAGGGCCAGUCUGCACACUGUUCACGGCCUAUGACACAAGAGAGGCACUAAACGUAGAUAUUGCCAUAUAGUUUUUAUUUUAAUUUACAUAAAUAUUGGCCCAUCAAGUGAUUAGAAAUUAAAAAUAAAAAAGAAAGUUUUUUAGAAGAGAUAUUUGAGAAGCAUUGAGGUAGUGGGCUAUGAGAUGCUCUUAAAAUAUCAGCAUCUUAUUAGAAAUAUAUAAAUACAGGAGAUGCAGAUGUUUUUAACUACUCAGACUUUUGAGAGGUUAAAUUCUCCUUUUAAAGCAUGUUCACUUAAUGACUAUAUCAGUAAGGAGCAGAUCUAGUUUGUUUAAAGGGAAUAAUUAGGCAUUAAAGGAGAAGGCUGUCUUGCUCUAUAAUAGCCCCUCCUGUAAUAGACAACUACUGGAAGGGGCUGCUGGUUCUCUCUCUCUCUCCCUUUUUUAGUUAAGACUUUCAACCUAUUAAAAUAUAAAUAGAAAAAAACCUAAACUUAUCCAUCGUUUACAUCUGUCUGUGAGUGAAAAUCCUGAUAGAUUUGUCUGAGCCUCUACUCAGCGAGACGCUAGCAGGACUCAGCAAAGUGGGGACACAUGUGCCUGUUUCCAUCUUGACUAGUUCUUCCUGACCCAUAUUUACUGACCAGUAAAUGUUAAUAUUCUUAAGAUGUUACAGUUUCAUUUCUAAUUUUGGCUGCAAUACUUCACUCAAUAACAGUAUUCUCAAGUGUCUUUUCCUGGAAGCUUAAAAGAAGUAGCAGGAGUUGAGGGCCAUGGAAGGAAGGUAGUUUGUUCCAGCCUCCAUUGCCUACCUGUUCACAAAUUCCUGCACUGUAGUUCCAAAUCAAUCCUGUAGAUGGUGAUGGUGCCUUAGGGCACAGCCACUGUCCCCAAGUCUUCUGCCUACCAAUUUUGUUGGUCAUGUGUUUUGUUUGGUUGCUUGGCAAAGAAAAAAAUGGAACUAGGUUAUGUCCAUAUAAAUUUAUAGACUUACAUGAAAAACCACCAAAUGCAUUUUGUAUAUGAAUCAUUGUAGUGUCAACAGUUUAAAGAAACAGCUACUUUUUUUCUUUGACAAGGCCCUUUACGAGGGAUACCUUGACAAGGAUACCUUUCCUAAAGAAAGGUUUUAUCUGGACAUUGCCAGGAGAAGGAGGCUGGGACACAUUACAUCCAUAAAGAAGUAAGAAAAUAGAAAAGCUUUUUAAAAAAAGUCCACAUACCCAAACCCCAGAAUACAUAUGUACGCACACAUACACCCCCCACACACACAUAGUAAUCCCUCCUUGUGAGUUAUGUGAGCUAUGGGGUUAAUCACUAUGAAGGUUUUAAGCUAAUUAAAUAAACACUUUUACUUUCAUAGAUAAUAGUUUAAAGAUUUCAGAAUUUUGAAUUGUUGGACAUUUUUUGAUAUCUAAUAAUUAUGUAUUAUACUUAUAUAUCUACCAUAACAGAUACUAUACUAUAUGUGUUGUGAAAUGUGACCUCUAAGGCUGAACUCAGAGGCUCAUACCUGUAAUCCUAGCCCUCUGGGAGACCAAGGCAGGAGGAUCACUUGAGAUGGAGACCAGCCUGAGCAAGAGGAGACCUGGUCUCUACAAAAAAACCCAGAAAAAACAACUGGGCACAGUGGUGCAUGCCUGUGGUCUUAGCUACUCCGGAGGCUGAGGUAGGAGGAUUGAUGGAGCCAAGGACUUGAGGUUGCUUUGGGCUACGAUGACAACACUGUACUUGAGCCCAGGUGACAGAGGGAGAACCUGUCUAAAGAAAAAAAAAAAAAAAAGCAAAAAU